AGCCUUUGUGAAAGCGAAGGAGAAGCAGCAGAGAGAGAUCAAGAUGAAGCAGCAGCAGCAGCGGAACCGACUGGGCAGCGGAGGAAGCGAGGACGGUCCGUCCAUCUCCUGGUCUCGCCAGACCCGGCCGCUCGCUGCGGUGACCGGCCGAGGGGACGCGGCCAACCGCUGCCGGAACCGCAGCUCCUCGGUGGACAGUUUCCGCAGCCGCUGCUCGUCCGCCAGCUCCUGCAGCGAGUUGCAGGAUUUCCCGGAAUCCCUCCCGAGAGGCGCUGGCCGCCGCGGGAAGCCUCCCAGCCCCCCCACCUGGAGCGGGUCCAACAGGCAGCAGAAGUCCAGCCACGUGGAACGCGGCCGCCAUCAGAGACGCCUGGCCAGUUCGGGGGGCUGGGUCCCCACCAAAGAGUACAGCUCCGACCACCAGGCGGCCGACAUGGCGGAAAUAGACGCCCGCCUGAAGGCCCUGCAAGAGUACAUGAACCACCUGGACAGGCGGUCCUGA